AUGGGUGCGGUGAAGGUGAUCAAGAACAAAGCGUUCUUCAAACGCUUCCAAGUGAAACUAAAAAGGCGACGUCAGGGCAAGACGGACUACUAUGCAAGAAAAAGGCUAACAGUACAAGACAAGAACAAGUACAACACUCCGAAGUACAGACUCAUCGCUCGUUUCACGAACAAGGACAUUGUGGCUCAG